AUGUGGAAUGCAAUCAUCACGGCGUACUUGAAGAACGGAGAUUGGAUGGAGGUGGUGGAGAUGUUUAAGGGCAUGCUUGCGGUUGGUGUGGCCUUUGAUGAAGUCACAUUGGUGAAUGUCGUCACGGCAUGCGGACGGAUAGGUGAUGCGAAGCUUGGGAAGUGGGUUGCUGGAUAUGUGGAUGAAAAGGGGCUGGUGAGGAACCGAAACUUGAUGACUGCACUGAUCGACAUGUAUGCCAAGUGUGGAGAGCUUGGUAAGGCACGGAGGCUGUUCGACAGGAUGCAGUCCAGGGAUGUGGUUGCUUGGAGCGCAAUGAUCUCAGGAUACACGCAGGCAUAUCAAUGUCGAGAGGCACUUGCUCUUUUCAGUGAGAUGCAGCUUGCUGAAGUUGAGCCGAAUGAUGUGACCAUGGUCAGUGUGCUCUCUGCUUGUGCUGUCCUGGGUGCACUUGAGACAGGAAAGUGGGUGCAUUCCUACAUAAGAAGGAAGCGUUUACCUCUCACAAUUAUUCUUGGCACUGCAUUGGUGGACUUCUAUGCAAAGUAUGGAUGCAUUGAGGAUGCAGUUGAAGCAUUCGAGUCAAUGCCUGUGAAGAACCAAUGGAAGGGGCAGGGAAGCAUUGAAACUCUUCUCAUCCAUGCGCAAAGGCCAGUAUUGAGCCCACAGAUUCACAGCUGCUUAGUUGAAGAGGGUCGCCGGCAUUUUGAUAGCAUGACUCAGGAUUAUGGCAUUAAGCCAAGAGUUGAGCACUAUGGAUGUAUUGUGGAUCUGUUGGGGCGGGCUGGUUUGAUAGAUGAGGCGUACCAGUUUAUCAGAGCCAUGCCCAUUGAGCCAAACACUGUUAUCUGGAGGGCACUACUGUCUUCCUGUGCAGUUCACAAAAAUGUUGAAAUCGGGGAAGAAGCACUAAAGCAGAUCAUCUCAUUGGACCCCAGCCACAGUGGUGACUACAUACUUCUGUCAAAUAUAUAUGCAUCAGUGGGACAAUGGAAGGAUGCAGCAAUGAUUCGAAAGGAAAUGAAGGAUAGAGGGAUUGAGAAAACUCCAGACAGUGACCACCCCCAAUUGAGGAAGAUAUACCAGAAAGUUGAGGAGAUGAUUGAUAGGAUCAAGAUGGCUGGGUAUAUCCCAAAUACAGCUGAUGUGAGGCUAGAAGUUGAUGAGUAUGAGAAGGAAGUAUCUGUUUCCCAUCACAGUGAGAAGCUGGCCAUUGCAUUUGGCCUGAUGAAGUUGGACCCUGGUGCAACAAUUCGUUUAUCAAAGAAUCUAAGAGUGUGCACAGACUGCCACUCAGCCACAAAGUUGAUAUCGAAGGUGUACAAUAGGGAGAUUGUUGUUCGAGACCGGAAUAGAUUUCAUUAUUUCAAGGAUGGUACUUGCUCCUGCAAUGAUUACUGGUGA